CAGAAGCAAACGUACUGACUUGGCCCCUCUCUGUCCACAUUUCAUAGUCUAUCACUCCUCUUCUUCUCCGGUAUUUGGAAUGGCGCCUCCACCUAUAGCUACUUUUCCUCCCGCGACCCUACGUCAAGAGCUGGCUCCCGAGGAAUGGCAAGCGUGUCUGGAUGCCUGGAUAUCUCUCGCACAAAUUCAUCUCCGUUUGUCAGACAGCGAAUUUGUCAAGACUGCUGCAGAUGAAGGCCCGUUAGUUUCUUUCCUCACCGCGUACUUCCAAGAAGUGUCUCAUUCAUCAGCCGACGAUUCAAGUCUUCAAGGAUCGAAGGCUUCCUCGUUAAGAAAGUCAUGUUUUCUCCUCACCCACAGGAUACUCUCUGAAAGCUCUAUACCUCCUCCACUUCUCGGUUGGCCAUUCCUAACCAAUUUAUGUCAAGUGUUCCCACGAAGUAAAGGACUUCGCGAAAUUCUCCAGAGUGUAUGGAAGCGGAAAGGGGAAGCUCUGGAAACCGAGCUGCAGAAAAUGAAGAACUCUAUGACGGCAGCAUUGGAAUCAUCUAGCCCAGAGGCAGCAGAGGAGGAUAUUGAGCGGCUCUGCCAUCUGCUUCAUGUUUCUCCAGACGCUGGAGAGUUAUUCCUUACUGGGGCGGCCUUUCCAGAUUCAUUAAGUACAGCGUACAGCAAAGUUUCACAAGGCCUUCAGUCGAAGCUGGUUUUAGUGGCAUAUCUCUCAGUUCUGGGCACGUUAAAGAGUUCCAAGAUGAACUACUCCCUGCUUUCUGAUCAUCUAUACGCUCUGAAGAUCAGGGCUGAACAGGACCAGAAGGCAGGCAAGAAGCUUCUUCUAGCUGAUCUAGUCACCAAUACGCCCUUCCUAGUUCAAAUUCGAGACACACUACCAAACACAGGUGCAAGAGCAAAGAAUAUUGCCGCCUCUCUUAGCGUCUUCCAGCAGUCCAGUCUUGCAAGACCAAAGAACCUGGUGCGAAGAAAGAUUGAUAAGGGCAAGGCACGCGCGGACGAUCACGAGUAUGCCGAUGGCUCAUUUGGAGCAAUCCACGUGCAUCGUAUGAGCCUGGUUAGCCAGAUCCAGGACCUGUUUCCUGAACUUGGCGCCGGCUUUGUGGUGAAACUAUUAGACGAAUACAAGGACGAUGUGGAGCAAGUAACAGCACAUCUACUAGAUGAUUCGCUUCCUGCCUACCUCAAUGAGGCAGACAGGACCGCGCAACUGAGUGAUGAUCACCAACCGAGGGAAGCUCACUUCACACCAGGUUCAACUCCUCCACCUCUACCCGAACGCCGCAAUAUAUUCGACAAUGACGAAUUCGAUAAUUUGGCAGUUGAUGCAUCUCGUCUACACAUUGGCCGCAAGAAUGAGAAGCUUACUGCAGACGCCAUUCUCUCCGAUCGCAAGACCGCACCGAAUAAGGCAGCUAUUCUGUCUGCCCUCGCCGCAUUCGACUCUGACGAUGACGAGAGGGAUGACACCUAUGACGCUGAAGACGUUGGAGGCACCGUAGACACUACGAUGCCAGGCAAUGAGACCGAUGUCAACGAGGACACACUCUUCAAAGCAUACGCAGCCACCCCUGGCGUCUUCGGCCGCGACGCUGACACAAGACGAAGCAAGGCACGAGCAGCCCUGAAGAGCGAGACCGGUAUGACGGAUGAGGCAAUCGAGGGUUGGUCUAUUAUGAUCGGACGGGAUCCGCGUCGCCUUCGGAGGCUGGAGAUGAAGUUCUCCCACUUCUCUGGUCAGCAGCGCGAGCUACCCUCGACAGCAUACAGAGCUAGUCCCGCCGACUCUGGUACCGAAGGCGAGAAUACUGGAGACGGUGGUAGGGGAGGGAGAGGAGGUUUCCCAGGCAGAGGGCGCGGUCGAGGGCGUGGCCGUGGUGGACGAGGAGGCAGCGGUGGGGCAGGUGUAGCGGGCGCUUCGGACGACAAGAAUACGCAGGCCGCGCGGCAGCAUAAGGAGGCGAGCAAAGGAUCUCGUGCGAAUCAUAAUCGACGCGACCAGCGAGCGAGAAAGAUGGCUAGAGGUGGAUUUCCUGGAUAGGCUUAAUAAUCGGAUGGCACCGCUAGAAGCAUCCACGAAUGAUACUUUCAGUAUCCUAGAGUCAA